AUGUUUGGAGGUUUCCUAAUCUCGCUCUGCUUUUUAACGGCAGCAGUUGGAAUAGUCUGGUCAUCGGCUGAUCCAAGAGGAACGCACAAAUUGCACAGCGAGAGACGAAAUAAGCACGAUGAACGAAUCGACUUCCACCGCACAAAGAAAACACCGAAAGCCGAACAAGCGAAAGACAAUGACAACGCUGUGAACCUUGGAAACAUCCUUUUCGAUCGGGAACAACUCAAAAAGUACGUCCUUGAUUAUUUGAAGAAACAUCACGCGCGCGAUCCAGAACUUGGAACAAAAAUAAACAGGGAGGAGUUCACAUUCAGUCACACUGACAAAAAACAAUCUGGUAACCAUCACAACAGGUUGAAACCCAGCAUAUCGAGCACAAAACCAAAACAAAAGCCGCGUAUGCGAAAUGAUAAUCACGAGGAACACAGUGGUAAAAAAUCAAUUCAUCUGCACCUGAGUCAAACAAAACCCACGAAACGGACAUUAUCUAGAAGACAAACGCUUCGUCGCUCGAAUCAACGAAAUCAUUCGAAGCACCGGUUGUCACAAAAGUUUCACUUGCCCGUCUACUACAGUGUCAACGAAGUGAAUGGAAAGGAAAACUUUAUUUUUGACCACCCCUUUUCUUAUAAUUAUAAAUCAAGCAAACGGAAAUCAACAACAAGAGGAAAGAAGUCCGGUCAUACCGAUGGUCGAACCGGCAGCCGAAGAAAUAAAAUCGCAAGAACGCAACAUAGUCUUCGAGCUCAAAGGAGGGAAAAUUCUCACUCUGAAAGAUUAGUCGCUCAUUCAUUCCCACGUUCUUUAACACAUAGGAGUCACAGAGGAAGAGCAUCACAUUACAGAGGAAUUAAACGCAAACACAAUUUCAAUGAUCACAGGGAAGGAAAGGAUGGGCUGAGACGUGAAAAAUCUAAGAAAUCCCAGAAAUCUAACAAAAGGGAUUUUAUUGCAAUACUCCCGCCCAAAGCUGUAAAGAUUGAGGGCUUCGAUGUGGAAAGAGUUCAUUUUCAUUCGUCUCAUGAGAAACGGAAAACAGUUGGGUCUAAAAUAAAAAGAGAGAGGCAUAUUAAAUCGCGAAAAAGCCUGGAGCUGACACCUGUCGCGAAGGUCGUUGCUAUUCGAAAAAAUAGUAAUAGGAAACACGACCAUUCAGUUGCUAAAAUAUCACAUAAGACUGAUCAUCAUGCGACUAAGGUUAUAAAAAGAAAGGAAUUGCUUCCCCAGAAAGCGAACAAGGAAUCCAAGAAACAAAGAAGAAAGGGUUAUUUUCACAAAAGCUCUAAGGAAUAUAAAGCCAUCAGGAAAAGCCUCGUUGGCCCUCCAGCAUCUGAAAGUCACCUGCAUCCUCACAAAGAUAAAAAGCACCAUCACAAACGCAAAAAAGUAAUUGAGCAUAAAGAGGAAACUUCAACUGUUCAAAAAAGACAAAAAACAGUCAAAGAUAAAGACACUAACACGGUGAAAUUUUCUCCUUCUUGGAAAUCUCUAGAUAGAAGGAAAAUUCCUUCUUGGUAUGACGAUGCUAAAUUCGGAAUAUUUGUACACUGGGGUUUGUAUUCGGUUCCAAGCUUCGAUAAUGAAUGGUUCUGGUACAACUGGAAGGCGUUAAAAAAGAAAAAGUAUGUGGAUUUUGUUGAGAAGAAUUAUCCUCCGGGAUUCAGCUACAACCAGUUUGCCCCGAUGUUCAAAGCAGAAUUCUUUGAUGCCAAUCAAUGGGCGAAACUGGUGGCCCGAUCAGGGGCAAGGUAUUUUGUGUUCACCAGCAAACACCACGAAGGUUUCACAAAUUGGAAUUCGAGCACGGCUUGGAACUGGAAUUCAGUUGAUGUUGGACCUCAUAGAAACAUUGUUGAUGAACUUGCAAGAGCUUUUCGUAAUCUGAAUGACCCGCAUAUAAAGUUUGGUUUGUACUAUUCGCUACUUGAGUGGUUCAAUCCUCGCUUCUUAAAAGACAAAGCUAAUGACUUCAAAACAGAUGAAUAUGUUCAGGCUGUUUUAAAACCUCAGUUGUACGACCUUAUUAAUACAUACAAACCUGAAUACCUAUGGACAGAUGGCGAUUCAGCAGCAAAUGCGUCAUAUUGGAGAAGUGAAGAGUUUCUAACGUGGCUGUUCAAUGAAAGUCCAGUUAGAGACACCGUUGUGGUAAAUGACAGGUGGGGGCGUGGUUGCCGAUGUCGUCAUGGGGGAGUGUACACUGGGUUGGACAGGUAUAACCCUGGCAAACUCCAAAAGAUGAAGUGGGAGAAUGCUAUGACAAUAGACCGUCGUUCCUGGGGAUUUCGACGGGAAGCAAACCUCAAAGAUUACCUCAGUAUUGAAGAGUUGAUCAAACAGCUGGUCUCCACUGUCAGCUGUGGCGGCAACUUACUCAUGAAUGUUGGACCAGCCUCGGAUGGUACUAUCGCGCCCAUUUUUCAGGAGCGUCUCGCUCAGAUGGGAGAUUGGUUAAAAGUGAAUGGCGACGCGAUUUACAAAACCAAACCAUGGAGAGCUCAAAAUGAUUCAGUUAACGGCGAUGUUUGGUAUACAUCGAGAGGAGGCCAUGUUUACGCAAUCGCACUUAAGUGGCCACCGUCUGGAAAACUGGUUCUGGGGGAUCCCAUUUUUAUACCAGACGAAACAAAGGUCAGAAUAUUGGGAACAGAAAACGAACUCAAAUGGAAACAUGGAUCAAAACAGAAGAGUGGAAAACGUAAAAUAGAGAUACAUGUUCCAGUUCUUCCUGUGUCAGAACUCCCUUGCUUGUGGGCAUGGGUUUUUAAACUCACGGACGUAAAGUGAUUUGUUUUCAAAACGAAGCUGAAGCCUGAUGGGACGACAGAGCUGAAUAAUGAAAUGCAAAGUCAGCGGGUAUGCGAAAAUAACAAGGGCUGACCUUUAAAACCGAGGAACUCUGUUUUCGUCGAAGGCACUUCCCUAUUUCCAAAGGUUUAAAUUUAAUUUUUAAUUAAAUUUUUAGGGGAUGCACCAAAUUUUUGGUGCGUCCCCUAAAAAGCGGCAAGGAAAACGACGCCUCGAAGCAACAGAAGGAAAUCAACCAUGCGAAUGACUCAAAAUCCG